GGUUUCUGUGCUGUACUUUGCAGGCUAGUAACAUGGUCUUGUUAAAAGUUAUCGUCCUUCUGGUGGUCUUCACAUCCUGCUGGGCAGAGGAGGAGAAGGAACUGUCUGUCUCUGAGCUCCUGUGGAGGGCCAACAAGGAUGUUGUGCACACGGAGGAUGAGCCUCUUGUGAUAGAUGACAUUGCCUACGACAAUGAAAACGAGAGGAAUGCUGAUCAGUGUACUUCCAGCGGCUGCAUGUGGCCCAGAUCUGCUGAUGGAAAUGUCUACGUGCCCUAUGUCAUCGCCAACCACUACACGUCUCGUGAGCUCUCUAUCAUUGAGCGAGGCCUGGAGUCUUUCACUGAAGUCUCUUGUAUCCGUUUUAUCAAAUGGACCGGCCAGAGAGAUUAUCUGAGCAUCCAGUCCCACAACGGCUGUUACUCCUACGUUGGCCGCCGAGGUUAUGCCCAGACUUUGUCGCUGGAUCGAGCCGGUUGCAUAUACCACAGCACUGUCCAGCAUGAGCUGCUCCACGCCCUUGGCUUCAACCAUGAGCAGUGCCGCUCUGACAGGGAUCAGUACAUCAGAGUCCUUUGGGAGAACAUCCAGUCUGGUUUGGCGUACGCCUUUGACAAGCUCGACACUCUGAACUUAAACACCCCCUAUGACUACAACUCUGUCAUGCAGUACCACAGGUAUGCGUUCUCUGCAAACAAUCAGCCCACAAUGGUUCCUAUUCCUGACUCUAGUGUUUCUAUCGGAACGGCUACUCAGAUGAGCAGGAACGACAUCAACAGACUGAACAGACUGUACAACUGUAAACAGCAACAAAUCCUGACAAUUUAGGAGUCGUUUCUCAAGAUAUUGUCUAAGAGUCUUCAAUAAACUUUAACAUGUA